GAUUUAGUUGAAUAGCCCUGAUAUAAGUUGUCUUUCUGAAAAUGAGAAGGUGGUUAAAGAGGCACGGGUCAGCCAAAACCUCAGACUUCCUUUUGUCUUCAACACUCAUUCGUGCGCACAUUACACAACACAUAGAGAUGAUCUAAUUACACAAAACCUACAAACAUUAGAUUCAACAACAAGGAUGUCUCUGAUGAGGAGAGGAUGUUUUAGCAGGUUGUGUGAAGUGUUUGGGGCAGGUGUAGCAGAGACUGGUGGGUGGUGACAGCAGUGCUCAGUCAGAAGUCCACACCUCCUCCCUGCAGAGCAGAUGACAGCUCGUCAUCGACAGCUCGUCUCUCAGUUUGCACCAUGAGCUGUGACCAGAGGUACCCGUUCCCACAGGUGUUCCUUGUAGAUGAAGGAGCAGGUCCACGCCACUCGGCCCAGACUCCCAAUCUGGUCCCCUGCUGGUCCUUCCCCCCCGCUGCGCAGACGAUGAAGAGCCGCGGGAAGAGUCGGGGCUGCAUGGGCGUCAGCCCCAGUUUGGUCAUGYUGGUGCUGAUGCUGUUCCUGCUGGUGUUCGCAGCUCUGGGCUUGGAAGCCUGGCAGAUUUUACAAAUACAGAAAAGAAUUAAAGACAUGCCUGCAGAAAAGCUUCAACUCGAACCUGGGACCGACUUCACUGCUCCUCACAAGCAGAUUGGUUUGAUCGUGUACCUGGGGAUGAUGGUGGGAGCCUUCGUCUGGGGGGGUCUGGCUGAUCGAAUUGGCCGACGACAGACUCUCCUCAUCUCGCUCUCCAUAAACAGCGUGUUCGCCUUCUUCUCGUCCUUCGUCCAGGGCUACAGCUCCUUCCUGUUCUGCCGCCUGGCCUCCGGCGUCGGGUAA